AUGGGCAAAUGCGAGCUUUUGAUUUUCGUCGCUUUCGCUGCUCUGGCAUGCUGUACAGAGGUUGAGGAUGCGGAGCAGAAGAAACGUAAUGCUGGGAAGGCAACGAGUUUGAAUGCUAUUCCAACAGGGGCUCAGAAGCAAGACUAUACAUAUAGCAUUUACACACAGAAUCCUAGUUCACAGAGCGGCUCGACGAGUCCGACGUCUUAUCAGUCUCAAGUGCCAAAUUCAUUUUACCCGAGUCAGGCGAGUAGUCAGUAUUACUCGUCACCGAACACACAGAGCGAGUCAUCACCAUCUUCCUCGUAUACCCAGCAGCAACCUCAAAUCAACCUGCUGCCACCACCGACCACUUCACAAUUCGUGCCAUUGAACUUCGUACCAAAUCCCGGCUACCAGUCAAAAUACCAAUUAGUACCAUCCAAAUCAAAUGGAAAUAUCCAGUUGACUUUCCUGCAACAGCCGACUAGUUAUCCUACGCAGCCUAUUGUGCCUUAUGCCCCUCAACUCUUUUCUCCUGCUCCUACUAAUCAAAUAAGUCCUCAUCAGACUACUUUGAUUAAUCCUUUGCCUCAGGGUCACUACAACGUGCCCAACUAUCAGCCUUUACAGCUUGGAGGAUCCUACUUAGGUCAACCAUCUACAAUGCUGCUCUUUGCUCAACCAAACCCGUCUCCAUACAAUAACCUUCUAUACCAGAAUCCAGUUCAGAGUUUCUAUAAUUACUAUCCAACUAAUGCUCAGAGUAAGUAUAAUGUCCAGUACGUGCCUCAAGGAUCGACGACUGAGUAUGAAAAGUUACAAGGCCCGGUGUCUCAAACUGUUCCGAAGGAGGAUAAUGAUAUUGGCCACAGCAGUGAGUAUUCUUCAUCGUCUGAUUCCAACUCAUACAAGAACGCGUAUUCGGCAAGUCGUAAUUAUGCUAAACUAUAG